GUCACACGUAUUUUGAUUUUGACAGCACUGUCAUUUGACAAUACUCAUAAGUGACAAAAGUCAACAUGUACCAAAGAUUACGUUUUUGAAUAAAUACUUACAAUAGCACUUUACAUAUGUGGCGAUUUUUGAAAAAUCGUUUAGUUAUUUAAUGGUUUUGAAUAAUGACAAUUUGAAAUGGGCGGAGAAAUAGUUUCUAUUCAAAAUGAAUCCAAUCCACAUUGUAGUAAAAAUGCACUUACGAACAUGUUUGGAUGGUUUUUACAAAUUGUUUUAGCGUGUCUGGCAUUUACGUGUUUAAUUUUAAAACGAUAUUUUGAGCCACCGUUGGAGCGACGUCCAUGGCAAAUAUGGUGGUAUGAUACUUCAAAACAAGGAAUGGGAGCAUUAGUUAUUCAUUUAGCGAAUGUGUAUCUUGCUGGUCAAUUUCAAGGCGAUCCAUGUACCUGGUAUAUAAUUAGUUUUUUGUUAGAUUCAACCGUUGGUUUGUUAAUUAUUUGUAUUGGUAUUCGAAUGUUCCAGUAUUUAGCUCAAUCAAGAAAUUGGAGCGCUAUUAAUUUUGGAGAGUAUGGUAAACCUGCAUCCACGAACGCGUGGCUUGCACAAUGUUGUUUGUAUAUUCUGUUAAUGAUAAUUGUUAAAAUUUUAAUUACAAUAAUAAUACAGUUAGAAUUUUGGAAAGAAGUUCGAGAAUUUAUUUUAGCACCAAUCACAAAUCCCGACGUUGAAGUGAUUUUUGUAAUGCUCAUUAUUCCAUUUUUUGUUAAUAUUUUAAUAUUUUGGGUAACAGAUAACUAUUUAAUGAGAAAGAAGACUGUCUCAUUCGAUUAUAACAAUGCAAAUCGAUUAUUAAAAAUACGUUUUCGUAAUUUACAAAAAGUGAAAAACGAGGAUUCUGGAAGUGAUGAUCAAUUAUUAUCUGAUGAUCUGUUAGAUAUCAAUGAAUGUCUUUAAAUUUUUUAUUAUCUAAUCUUAAAAUAUAGAUACUUGCGGGCUAAGAAAUUGACUCGUUUUUUUACUAAAAAAAUGGCAUGUGUACAACUUAAGAGUCGUCUGAUUUUUCUAUUAAUAUUAUUUCUCCGCCGAAAUAUAUCUCGUUAUUAUUAGUAGUCUUUUUUUAAUCGAGUGAUAUAAUCUAGAAACAGGAACAUUGAUUCAAAUCCAUGUCAAAAUUCAAAAAUUUCUUUAGUUUAAAUAAAGUGGAUCGAUUUCUUUGCUAUUGCAAGUAUUUCUUCAAUGCCAAAUAUUUAAAAAAAAACAUGAAUUUUUAUGUUUUAGAAAUAGUUUUAUGAGAGAUCUAAAUGCAUUUAUAUUUUAUUAAAAUAUUUCCAUAUUCCAAUGACUUGAUUUACAAAUUUUAGACAUAUAUUCCAGAAAAAGAUCAGAGCUGCCAGCUAGGGCCAAACGUUUUUAUUCCGUUGGGUCACUGAAAUUAUUCCGGAUCAAAGCUUAUUAAAUAAUUAUUGAUUUUUAGUCAGUUUAAAUUACUGUAAAUUAGAUAGAAUAUGAAAAUAACUAAAUAAUUUGUUUUUUUUUUUUUUAUUGCCAUAAAUUAUAAACGAUGAGUCUAGCCUCAAAUAAAUAAUGCAUUCCUUUGGCGAUAAAAUUUUUUAACACAAAGUUUACUUACCAUUUGAAGUUUUGCCCAAUCCAAUUAUACGAGGCAAUCUAGACUGCAAACUAGAUACAGAAAAUAACAAACUGAUUUUGGUUUUGUAUCCAAUUAUUCCAUCUGGCAGCAACCCGUGUAGAAAAUUUUCUCGAGUAAAAAACACUGGCCUAAAUAUUUUUACUGAGAGUUUCUUUUUUUUUCUGACAUACUAGC